AUGCUCAAGCCACGCUUCCAAUCCAAGCACAUGGCCCGUCUCACCAUACCGGCCAUCGCGACGACUGGCUUCAUCGGAAGCUAUCUUUACUACCGCACCCCAGCCAAGUCUGCUGAGCCCGACGCGGCGGGAGGCCAAGCUGCACGCUCCCGCCAAAAGCGCGACAAGGAAGGUCUCUCCGGCACGGGCAUUGGCCAGAACACCACAUCUGGCGGCCACGAGACUGGACAGCCCGGCAGUGGAAUCCAAGAGGCUACCAGCGAUGCGGAACGCGCCGUGAACACCACAGCCAACAAGGAGGAUCUCCCCUCAGGCGGUGUGGGAGGAGGACCUGGCGGUGGCCAGGCCAACACUAGGUCUGUCGAGAUGAGCGCGAGCGAAGGUGGUGCAUCAGGAAGCGGGUGGUUUGAGCGGUCGACAGGCGGCAGGACCAAGGAUGACCUGGAGAGCACGAACCUGAGCGGCGACAACAAGAGCAGUGGUGGUAACAAUAACAAUGGCGGCAAUGGUAGCUCAUCAUCGCGCCAAUCUGGCACCAACGCUGCCUCCAGUGAUGGAACCACUGGCGGCACAAACCAGCCCAACAAGGGUGUCGACUCCGGUUACGUCUCGCGCCCCCCGGCAUCCACGCCAGCUUCGAACGCCCAGAACGCAAAGGUCGAAGGCGAGGCGCCCCCACCAAGCCGCUCUGAGGACUACCAAGUCCACUCCAAGUCGUACCCAACCUCAGGCGCGGACCACAACCCAGCGCGUGGCACCAUUGAGACUAGCGGUACGAGUAUCUCGCAGAAGCUCCAGGGCGCGUUUGGCCAGGGAGGCAAGUCGUCGAGUGAGCAGGGCGAACAGCCACAGAGAAAGUUCUCCGACACCAAGGUGCACAGCAACCACGCGGAGACACCGACCAAGAGGGGACAGAUGAGGAGCGACUCUUGA